UAAUUUAUGGCAGAAAUGUAAUCCUGCUCAUAGUUAAAUGUCUGGUGUAUGGCCAGUGAAAAAGAUGUGCCUUUAAAGUGUAACUAUCAUUUAAAUAAAAAAGCUUUUGAUAUGUCAAAGAGACAUGUCAAAAGUUCUCUCUCCUAGCUUCAGGAGAUGGAUUCUAUAGUAAGCCUAUGAGGCUGUUUUCUGCAAGAAGAAACAGGAAGAGAAAAGCUUAGCUGAGUGCUUCUCCGCGUUUGUUCUAGUGAUCAUGGGGGUUUUAGUACCUAGACUAUGACAUGUCAAAAGUUUGUAUUUUUUAAAUGAUAGCAACACUUUAACUUGAGACUGGUUUUAAUAAAUUCCCCCUUAAGUUAAUUUGAGUAUAGCAAGAAACCCAUCAAUCAAGACCUGUGGGAGCAAAUGCUGGGAACCACCUCAAUGACUUGGAGCCUCAUUCCCAGUGGGUGUUCAUUAUAUAAUUACUCUGAAACUUUGUACAGCAAACCAUCUAACACUGAAUAGAGGGCGACUGACACUUUUUUAUUUUGCUCAUGGUCUGGGCAGCAUGAAACUGUAGAAAGGUUCCCAAUAGUCCCAUAGCUAUGGCUCAUCCUACAAGCAUGAGGCUGCAAACCUUGUUUUCAAAUCUGGCCUGGUAAAUAAUUCCAAGUGAGUUAGAAAAUUAGAAACAUAGGACACCAUUGUACUGAAAUAAAUCAUUCUACUCAUACUACAGAUGAGUAAUCAGAUGGCAUGUUCCUUUAAGAAAGGAGAGACGGGGAGGAGUGGACAUUCCUCACCAUAUAAAAGACUCUGAAGGGCCAUUUUUAGGUCAGUAAGAUCAGUGACAGAAAGAGAACAAGACCGAUCGAGGAAAGAGAUCCCUCGAAAUACCAUCUGCAAUCCUCCCUGCCUCUCCUUCCCUUCUCUCCCAAAACCAUUUAGCAGGGAACACCAUAAAACAACAAGGAUUCACAGUCAUGAGUGAAGGAACAGCUGAAGAACCAAAGGCCAAAGCUCCAGGGACUGAACCAAGUGCUGCUCCGCCUGGUAUAGGAGAAGUAGAGAGAGAAGUUUUAGCAACAAAAGUCCAGGGCACCGUAAAAUGGUUCAACGUUAGAAAUGGCUAUGGAUUCAUAAAUAGAAAUGACACCAAAGAAGAUGUCUUUGUCCACCAGACAGCAAUCAAGAAAAAUAAUCCUCGCAAAUACCUGCGAAGUGUAGGGGAUGGAGAGGUGGUGGAGUUUGAUGUUGUUGCUGGGGAAAAGGGCGCCGAAGCAGCUAAUGUGACCGGCCCAAAAGGAUCUCCAGUCCAAGGUAGCCGUUAUGCUGCUGAUCGCCGUAGAUAUCGCCGUGGUUACUAUGGUCGCAGAAGAGGUCCUCCAAGGGAGGGAGGUGAUGGAGAGAUCAAAGACGGUGCCCCUGAAGCAACUCAAACCCAGCAACCAAAUCGCCAACCAGCCAACUACAGACCAAGACCUGUGCCUCAGUCCAGACCUCUUCCACCUACUGGAGAAAAUGAAAACAAAGAAAAUCAGUAUGAGACAGGAGGUCCAGAUCAACAAAGCCGACGAGGUUUCCGAAGACCGUACAACUACCGGCGUCGACCUAACCAAGGUGGUGUACCAGUACAGGGGACUAAGGAGACCAAGCCAUCUGAAACCACAGCUGAGAAGCCCGUGCCUGUGGCUGAGAAAAGCAAUGCUGUGUAAUCUGAGUGACCCGAUCUUCCAUCAUACAGAAUGUGAGCAGAAGAAAGAAGAACCGCACAAGUGGCCACAAACUAUUACUAAUGCUAAUUUCUAAAGUUGCCUAAUAAAUAGGAGGGUGAAGGACUGCUUCUUUGCUACUUGACUUGCCUGCUGUGGAUUUCUGCACUAUGAAUAGUUGAAGCCUUACAAUCUAUGCUUACAUAUUCCAGAACUAAUAUAUAUAUAUAUAUAUAUAUAUAUAUAUAUAUAUAUAUAUA